UUACCCAGAAUUCCUUUCUGCCUCAAAUCUUCCGGGGCCAUUCGGGAGUUCAGUCAGAAAGUUGCGAACUAGUUUCUCUCCUUGAAAUAGUGCUUUCGUGAGACUUUUUGUCGGACUCUAUGUUUCGACGCAAAUCUGCGACAUUAAUCACUCCGCCGGCGUCAGCGUUCAUUAAACCAUGGAGGACUCAAACAUGCCACCGAGGAAAAUGUCCAGGGCCGGAGAGAGCUUGUACAUGGUCCUGGGCUUGAAGAAAGGAGCAUCCCCCGACGAGAUAAAACGGGCCUACAGGAAAUUGGCAUUAAGGCAUCACCCUGACAAGAACCCAGAUAGCCCAGAAGCUGCUGAGAAAUUCAAGGAGCUCAACAAUGCCAACUCCAUCCUUAGCGAUGAGAACAAACGUAAAAUCUACGAUGAAUAUGGCUCUAUGGGCCUCUCUGUGGCUGAGCAGUUUGGCGAAGAGGGUGUCAAAUAUUAUUUCCUCAUGUCAAAGUGCUGGUUCAAGGCCCUUUUCUGCUGCUGCACUAUCUUCAGCUGCUGCUGUUGUUUCUGCUGCUGCUGUUUUUGCUGUGGGAAGUGCAAAUCUGAGGACCACGAUUUUCCCUACAUGGACCCUGAAGAUUUAGAGGCAGAGCUCGGAGAACAGGAAACAGCACAAGACCGUGUAAUAGUUAUUCAGCCCAGCUCCAGUCAGACCUCAGGUGAGAACACACCGAUUGUGAUCCAAGUCCAGGCAACCAACGGCACCUCGAGCCCCAGGGAGACCCACAUGGCUCUGACGAUUGUAGAGUGACCGAAUAAAACCAUGGAUGAGUGAAUCUUUGAGAACACAAGCUUCAAAUUUUUGGACUUUGUGUGACAGUGAGGUCACACCAGGAGCAUUCCUUAUGAGCUCAUCAACUAGCGAUGUCAUUUAGGUUUUCCUCACAAACUGAUGCACAGGAAACAUUUUCCCACCAGAGGCUUUUUCGUUUACGUGAAUCAAGGUAUGGCCAUGGAUUUUUUUAAAUAAAAUUUUGAUAUAUACAGUUUUUUCUUGUGCACUUUAAACCCACAGGUUAGUGUUAAAAGUUGCCAUAAUGGUCUGAGAAUGUCUGCUCAGGAUUCCUACAUGUUGAAUGGUGUUUUUAUAUUUAACAGGCUAAUUCAGGUUUUUCAGACUUUGAGGCCAACCACUUGUCUUCCUGUACAUAGUAACAUAUUAUUUUAGUAAAAAAUAAAUGAGUUCAUGGCUUUGGUGGAAACGUCAGGUUUGUUUCAAUGUCAGGUGAUGCCUGUAAAUCUAUUUCAGACUAACUUCUUUUCUAUUCAACAUCAUGUGAUAGCUGGAUUAUAAGGCAGAUGACUAUUUUUAAGCUUUUUUCCCCUUUAGUUUUUCCUUUGCAUGCAGCAGAUUAAGAGAUGUUCAACCUGAUGAUUCCAGCAACACUUUACAUAUGAAGCCAAAACUGCUGCAGCUAAUUCCUCAGACCUCUUUGUUCAGGUUAGUUUUAAUUAGCCAGCUCUAAAAGGCGUUUUCCUAUUUAUUCUGCACAGGGUUGUUUCAUCAGGUUUGGCUUGGCUAGAUUUCAUUAGUGUUGCGCAUGGGCCAUUAUGAGACUCGUGGUAUGACAACCUUGAGUUGAAACCCCAUGGUUUUACAGGGUUAUAGUGUUAUGUAUAACAUGUAUUUCUUAUUUUCAUUUUAAUGUAGUUUCAAGCAAAAAUAUGAAAUCAAAACUUGUUCAAAUUAGUGGUAGGUUUCAAGGAAAUUUGCUUAUUGCGCAGAAAAAUGUCCCUUUUUGUCAUUCGGUUCUGUAUAAAGAAAACACGAGCUUAACAAGCUGACAUUAGCUGGACAUGCUGCUCAGAGCUUUCUUCCAUCUCCAAACCAUUCCUAUGUUUUUUGUGACCAGAACCAUUUCCAAACAGCCAAAUUAAUCUUUUUCUAUGUAAGAAGCGAAAAGACUACGGUCGUUCCGGCACUUUCUCUGGCCUCUCAUUAUAAGGACUUUAAACCGUAGGAAUUCUUGUGGUUUUGAAACUGACUUUUUAAUAACCCUGAUACCAGUAACCUGUCUGUGCAUCGUCAGUAAUCAGCAACAAUGCAGUAGUCUGCGUAUAGAUCUGUAGCAUUGAGCACAGCAUUUGGAGUUAAGGAGUCAGGAGCUUAUUAUUCUGGCCUCAGGGUGACCAUUUCAAAAUUUGCCUACAGGGGGAGUCAGAGGCACACUUUGCUUUAGUGUUUUUCAUUGAAUGUGGAGGAAAUGGCCGGCAUGGCGUCUUCUGAUUCUCUGGUUUUAGAAAAGCAAUUUGUGGAGCUUAUUAUUGGAUACGCUGUAAAGAACAAUGUGACCAUAAAUCUUGAUGCUGAUUUGACUUAAUUGAACAAACUCAACCAAGGAGGUCUGGAGAUGUUGAGCAGUUUAAGGUAAUUUGCUGCAGUUGUGGUGAUCACUCAAGAAAUGAGUGAUCACCACAACAGGAAAGUGAGUACCUGAAUCUGUGUCCAGAGAAAAUCAGGUGGAUAUUUUAAAAGCAUUUUCACAAAAACUCAGAUUUAUUUGCUGCUCUUACAUCCAUACACACUGUUAUGUGUUUGUUUAUUUUUUGAUUUAAACCAUAAAUGUUUGCUCUCUUGAACCUGGUGAUGGGAUCAAACAAAUUCUUCUAUUGUUUCCUUUCUGGUGUAUAAUAAGUUAUUUUGUGAAUCCAGAGCUCUGUUUUUGAUUAGAGGUUUUAUGACUAAGAUGUUAAAUUAUAUUUCUGACUAGGUUUAUAUUUUUAUAUUUAUGAUCAUUUUUGCCUCAUUUAGAUGGAUUUGGAUACUGUUUUUCUUUGGCUGCUUAAAUGAAAUGCUAUAAAGUCUGUAUAAUUGUUAGAAAUGACUCAGAUGUGCCUAAAAUCUUUUUUUUUAAUUAAAAUAUUGAAUUAGCCUCAA